CAACACGCCAUCAUAGGACCAAUUGGUUCAAGACUCUUGUGGUAGAGCGGCUUGGCAAUCCGAGGCACUUCCUUGCGUGCAACCAACGGUGCAACUCAACUUCCACGCUUUUGGUAGCGCUCACUUUGGCUGGCCGCUUAGGGUCCACAGUUUCAGCGCGUACGUAUUGUAAGCAUGGCUCGGAUGCAGCCACCAGCUUGAACCCUAACGUCCAGCAGGCGCGCCCAAGAAUGAGCUGCAGCGUAGCCGAGGAUUUUGGGCCUCCGCAGGUUCACCCGGGCACAAUUCUUCGUGUCCAGGAAGGUCAAAACUGCGCUGUUCUAUGCGCAGCAGAUGAAGAGACGGGUGCUUUCUCGAGCCGAGCAUCUAACUACAGAACCCCUUGGCGGCAGCGACAGCCACCAGACGCUUGUCACGGAACCAACAGCCCCACCUGCGCUGCCCACAGUGACUGCUCCCGAGCUCAGCAGCAGCAACAACAACACUCCCAGCAGCAUCCCUACCACCCAGCCGGCAGUACUGGCGGCGCUAGCAGCGGCCGGAGCGGCGGCGGUGCCUUGGAUGCAACCAGCGAUGCCGACGCUGCCGCGGCAACUGCGGUGGUUUGCCUGGACGAUGAGGAGGACGGCGAUGGAGCUACUGCCACCGCUGGCGACGGCAGCAGCGCCCUCGUGGACGACGACGACACGGAGACAUCGUUUUCGGAGCUGUCGGAUCCAGGCGGCACCGAGGUGGUGUUUGUCCGUGAGGGAGUGGCAGUGUGGCCGGGUGCCCGCUCGGAGCGCAUCCUGGGCCGCCUGUCCCUGGUCAAGCAGUGCGGCGUGCUGUUCAUGGCCUGGCUGCCGUACAGCCGAGGUGUACUGCAGGCGGACGGGACCUUCAGAGUCGUGGCCGCCGACGCGGAUGCGGAUGCACGCGAUGCUCAUGAUGCGAAGAUGGUGGUGGCGAAGGCGAGGGGCCGCGUUGUAAACGGCGGCGGCGCGGUGGGCGCGACGGGUACGGCAGCGGAGGCGGCGAUGCCGCCGCCGCCGCCGACGAUGGCCACAUCCAUGGAUGGACAAGCAACGGCGACGGGGCACGGCAGUGACCGCACGCUCUACGCGGUUCACCCCAUCCCCCUCUCCGAGGUGCGUGCGCUGCGCCGCCGCACGCCGCCGCUGGGCCUGGGCUGUCCGCAGCUGCUGGUGGUGCUGACCAGCGGCGUGACGCUGCCGCCGCUGCACUUCACGCGGGGCGGGGUCAGGGCGCUCAUCGCGACACUCAAGCAGCACGUGUUCCUGCUCAAGUCCGCCUCCGAGCCCCAGACUUACCUGGUUAACGACACCGCUGACCCGCUCUGCCGCUCCCUAUCCGCUCUGCAACUCGCGGACGUGCUCAUUGGUGGGCCGCCGCCGGGCGCCUCAGCCACCUUCGAGCCGGGCGGCGCCGCCCUCUUCUCCUCCGCCACCGCCUUCUUCUCCUCCUCCUCCUCAGCAAUGGCAGCAGCCACAGUGCCCUCUGAGAUGCUUGCGACUGGGGCUGCUGUCGCGGGUGGGUCGGUUUCGCAGUCGCGCGCGGCGUGGGCUAGUCCUGCUACCGGACUGGGACUGGCGGCGGCGGCGGGGCUAGGUGGCGGAGGCGCGUGUGCCGCCGCCAGCGGUGGAGGUGCCGGCGGCGGCAGCGGGCGGGAUGUGGGCGCGCUUCAAUCCGGGGUGGCGUGGAGCUGGGCGGAUCGGCCGGCGAGGAGGACUGAAUCGGGGGACUUGGGCGGUUUCGAGGCGGUCGACGGCAGCUGCGGCGGCGGCGACGGUGACGGCGGCGGGGAGGGCAACAGUCAGGAUUACGAGGAUGGGAGCAGCGAGGGUUAUCGAGGUGUCGUGGGCGGCGCCUGGGCGUCUAGCAUUGUGGAUGCGAUUAACCGGUUCGUGCAGAACGUCAAGGGAACAGCGAGCGGCUGGAUAGGUGCCUUGGAUGAGCUGGAGGAGUCGGAGGGCGAUCUGUUGUACGGCGGAGAGAGCGACUGCUACAACCUGCGGUGUACGGUUGAUGUUGAUGACAGGACCGGAGGGGAGAACCCAACCGCAGAGGAGAAGCUGGGGAGGUGCCAGGGCGGCAUCGAGAUGCAGCGCCGAUGCGGCGGCAUUGCUGACGGCGACGCCGUCAGUGGUGUUACUGGCAGCGGCAGCAGCGCCGCCGCCACUACCUCAACCGCUUGCCUUGCUAGCGGUACGGCGCAGAACAGCAACACCAGGGGCGAAGGUAUACCUCCCAGUGCCGCCGACGCGGCAGCAUCCGCCGCCGCUGGCACUUCAACAAGCGGCACCAAUGCUACCAGAAUAACGGGCCUUAAUCCCAGGAAUAUCGGGAGCGGCGGCAACCUGGAGGAGGCCGGGGACAUUACAACGGCGGUGGGGGAUUUCGAGUUACUGGACGGCAGCGGCUGCUGGGGAGAGGCCUCGGCGCACCCGCUGCUCGUCAGACGCCGGCUGCGCCCGCCGCCGCUGUCGGCCGAGGAAUGGGCGGCCAUGUUCGACGCAGAGGGUCGCCUGGUUGCGGAGGCCGCCCUGCGCGACCGCGUGUCCGCCUCCGGCUGCUGCCCCGAGCUGCGGCGGGAGGUGUGGAAGCACCUGUUGGCCAUGUACCCGCGGGGCAGCACCGCGGCGGAGCGGAGGCGGGUGGCGCAGGCCUGGCAGCGCGACUACCUCACGCUGCGCUCCCAGUGGCAGUCCAUGACGCCCGCGCAGGAGGCGCGCUGCACCGCCUGGCGGGCCGCGCGCACCGCAGUGGACAAGGACGUGCGGCGCACCGACAGGGGCCACCCCUUCUUCGCGCGCGAGGGCGGACCCGGGCUGCGGGCGCUGCGGCACGUGCUGCUGACGCAUGUCAUGUACGACCAGGACCUGGGGUACUGCCAGGGCAUGAGCGACAUGGCUGCCCCGCUGCUGGUGGUGAUGCGUGACGAGGCGGAGGCCUUCUGGGCGCUGGCGGCGCUGCUGGAGGGGCGCGGCAUGCGGGGCAACUUUCACACCGACAUGGAGGGGAUGAACGCGCAGCUGGCGGCACUGCGGCGGCUGGUGCAGCUGCUGGACCCUCCGCUGCACGCCUACCUGGAGCGCCGUGACUGCCUCAGCUACUACUUCGCCUUCCGCUGGCUGCUCAUCCACUUCAAGAGGGAGUUCAAGUUUGAGGAGGUGUUGUCGCUGUGGGAGGCCUGCUGGGCGUGUCGCCGCACCCGCCACCUGCACCUCUACCUGGCGGCGGCGGUGCUGGUGCGACACAGGCGCGUCAUCCUGUCCUCCGAGCUGGACCACGACGGGCUGCUGCGGCUGUGUCUGGGUCUGGGCGGGCGGCUGGAGCUGGGGCCGCUGCUGGAGACGGCGGAGGCGCUGGCGGGGUACGCGGGGGAGGCGGGCAGGGAGGUCACGCAGGGGCUGGCGUAGGCGCUGCCGGACUGGGGGUGAUGGUGGCAGCAGUAGGAGCAGGGUAGGAGUAGGGCGCAUGGGGCGCGGUGGUAGGAGGCCGCACACGGGAUGAGGAGGUAUCGGAGUGGGUAGGAGGGCAGAGCGGGGAAGGGAGUUAGCGACAAUAGGAAGGGAGCUGCGAGCGAGCUGUGGCAGGAUUAGCCGUGUUCUCCGGAGGCAGAAUAAUGCAGGGCAUUAGCUGGAAGAUAGGAUGAGGGUGAGGUAGGAUGGGAUGCGCCACACAUGCAUCCCAUCACUCGUUGUGGGGAGCAGGGGUGUACGCAAGAGUCUCAGGUAUCAGGACGCGUUGACCUGCGUUGUGUUGCCGACAUGUAUGCUAGGACUUCGGAACGUGGAUCAAAUACUUGUACCAAGUUGCUGUUGUUACAGAUGUUGUUGUAUGAUAGGCCAGUGUAUACUAAACCUAUAGGUACCUAGCGGAACUGGCCCUGGUUAGAGCUGUUUUGGGAAAAGUACACGGACUGGUUUCCAGGCAACCCGGUCGCGCAAGGACAGUUCGUCUUUCUGUCGGUUAUCAAGUCGACGGGCGGUGUGUGGCUGAGUUGGCUGUUGUCGCAAGCGCUGAGCAGGUCUCGACGGGGGUCACUGGGGGCCCUAUGGGUCGUUCCAACCAGUUUUGUAGGAGUCGCUGGACUAGGGGCAGGCAGGGUGCACAUGUGGGAGAUGAGGUCGUGCCUGGGUUUACCAAGUGCGUGUUGCUAUUUAGCCGGGGAUUCUCACAAUUGAUCAUAUUGCAGUUGUACCAUGUUCCCCUGGCGGGCAUGUGUUGGAUGUCCUGGCUUGUAUGCCAUGUCAGCUUGUAGGAAUGCAGGUCAGUACGGCCGAGGCAGCCUGUGGUGGUUAACAGUUGUUGCAUGUAUGGUUGAUGUCUAGUGGCAGGCUUGGUCCAAUGGUUUCAAAGGUGGUUGGGACAACGGGCUGUAUAGCGAGACCGAACCCAAAUCCUCCUGCAGGCCUACCGUAUGGCGGUAGAUGCGUCGGAGCUUUACUUGAGAGCCGGGAAGGGUCAUGAAGUCUGAACUUCAACGAGAUAAUGUUUGUGCCACUGGAAGGUGCCACGUUAGUCCAUGGGUUUGCUGCCGUCAUGUUCUCAUCCUUUCGAGCGUGCAUCCUAUGUACGGAAGUCCUUGCUGGAGUCUUGCCUUGCAACAUCCCUGUC